UGGACGCAUACACGCAGAGGAGCGCACACACGGAGGGGCCAGUAGCGCGCACCAAGGCCAUUGUGCGCGUGGCCCAGGUGCAAGGGAACUUUGGCGGCAACCCGCACAAGUUCUGGAUGAAGGGCGAGGCUGUUGGGGGGGAGAUGGGGGAGGUGGCUUUAGGUGGAAAGGCGGAGGGUGGAGGAGGAGGGGACGAGGGCGGGGAACGGGGAACGGGGGGCGGGGAGGGUAGUGGGGAGGGAGAGGGAGGUGGGGAUGGGGAGCGGGGAGCAGGUGGUGUAAUGGGGGGCGGGCGAGGGAGGGUGACGGUGGUUGCGGACCCGUCGUUGUUGCAUAUGAACCACUACUGGGGCUUGAGAGCUGUUGACUUCCACCCAUGGCCAGAGCAGGACCGAGACACGCUGAUUCCAGAUGCGUCCAUAGGGGUGAGUGUUGAAUUGACAGGUGGGUGCGGUGGGUUGACGCUGCAUGUGAUACCUGCUCCAUCUGACCAACCUUUUGUCCCUCCUCGCUUCUCCUUCCCCGGUUCUCGCCUUAUCCCUUCCCCACUCCCCGUCCGGUUGCUAUUUGCCACUCAGCAUCUCCUAUAG